UCCCAGCCUUGAAAGUUCAGUGACCUGUGACUGUGAUGUGCAACGGGUGCUGGUGGUCUCCCGCCGCAUGUUGCCAAAAGGAAAGCCAUCUCGAGCUACACAUACCCUGAUAAUUUGCAUCCUGUCCAGAUUCCUCUGAGAUAUAGCGGAAGUGCUGAGAAGAUCGAGACAUUAAGCGUUUCAGUUCGAUUAUAAAAAGGCUCUUGAAAUGGAUCGGUCCAAAUUAAAAAAAUACAUGAUCGUUAGAUAUGGAGAUGAAGUACAGCCCAAUGGCAGGAAAGCUGGCGAUGUUGAAACCAUCCCCUGUUAUUGGGCUAAUGAGUUCCCAAAAUCUAAGGAUGGAAAAGUACACUUUGAAUAUCCCAACCCAGACCUCAUUAGUCCAGACUCAAUUAUAUCCCUCAAAAUCAAAUGUGGGAGAGUGCAUGCUAGUAGCGCACUUGCAUGUGAGGGAACCAUCGAAGGAUUUAGCAACUCCUACGAACGAUCACAACAGAACAAAAAUGUUCUGGUGAGGACUGGCAUCAAGCCAUUGGCCACAAGCGAAGAGGAGAAUGGCCGAAGACGACAAAUCCCCAAUAAGCGGUACAACGCAAUUGGUGAGGGUCCAGUAGCGGCGAAGAAGGCCAAAUCCAAAAGUUCGCAGAAGACAAGUAGCGGCAAGUGUGCUGCUGAGCAGGUAGGGGAGGGCGCACCAAGUACGCAAGCUUUGCGCAUGGACUCGAGAAAGUCGACAAGCAACACAGAUGGUUUUGAUCUCUUAGGACUCUCUGGCUUCAUUGAUGAAACAAACGCUGAUGAUGAAGACUUGAGCCCUCACUGUCAGCCAGAUUCAAACUUAGAUUUUGAAACCGAGUGUGAUCAGCUGCUGGAUCUGUCCCCCCCAGAUCAAGAUCAAACAUUGGAGUUUGAAAAUGCAAAGUCUUCGAGCGUAGAAACCCAAAGUCGAGCUGCCACUUCAUUUGACCUGACCAAAUUUGAGAAUGUCCUCUCAGAAUUGGUAGUAAACCAGAAAACGUUCCACAAGGAAUAUAUGGACAAGCUCACCCAGGUGGCUAAGCAAGUAUCCAUGCUGCACCAAGCGUGUUCUAAAAAGGGUCUGGCACCGACUAAAGAAUACACUGAUGAAUUUGGCCUGCCACUCGAGAGUACCGAUGGAACUGCAAAACCCUUCAACGAUUUGAAUGAGCUUUUGAAAGGAGAUAGAGACAAGCAAUUAUCACUCUACAAUAUCCUUAUUGAUUGCUCGUCUGGAGGAGAUCUCAAGGAAAUUGUUACUUCUGCUCUCAGGACUCUUUUAGACGAGAGCAUUUCUAUGCUCUUGGUGUUCGCCAAGCCCAAGAAGUGUCCCACCAAGCCAAGCUUGAUAAAAAUCCCAAUUAAGAAGAGCAUGGUGUGCAAAAUUCUUAUUGCUGCCAUCAAGCAAGUUUGCCAUCACGGCCAAGUCAAGUACCAAGGCAACUCGUCCAUCAACUAUUUGAUCAGCCGUUACCUAACAGCAGGCGGAAAAGGCCGACCAGACUCGUCCAAAGGUGCUACGCAGCGCAAAAAAAAUCAAAGGGCGUUAGCCAAGGAGGGAGAGCUGCAGACCUGA